UCUAUUUUUUUUUUAGCGAUCACCUUAUAAAUUGCGACUGAGAGCGGUCAAAAGGCAUCAGUUUCCCUCUAAACUUCAACCCUUGCACAAGCCAAAAUCAUGAAGCUCGUCAUCCUCUAUGCUCUUCUCGCCGCAGUGGCAGCUUCUCCAAUCCCGCAGACCAACUAUGCGCCAACCCCCAAAACCGCCGAAUACACUCGCCAGCCGUACAGUUUCUCCUGGUCAGUUUUUGACAAACCGUCGUUCCAAGAAUACUCCCAUUCGGAGAGCAGCGACGGAAAAGUGACCACCGGCUCUUAUCGCGUUUACCUUCCGGAUGGACGCAUCCAGACCGUCACCUACACGGCCGACGCAAAGAACGGUUACAGAGCCGACGUCAAGUACGAAAAUUUUUCCAAAACCGGAACGUGGAUCCCCGGCGCCAUUGGAUUUCAAGUUGUCGGCCGUUCAUAAAUGUAAUUCAAAAAUGCUAAUUUAGCGUUUGCAGUGAAUUCAUUCUGAAAUAGUUCAAAUCGCUUAACGCAUCAUGUUUCCGAUAAUCUACAUACGUAUCUGUAUCAAAUCAAAUCUGCUCAAGUGUACUAAUAACGCGCUUAAUUCUGACAAUAAAAAAAUUGUAUCGAG